CGGAAGGCGCGGGCUCUUCCCGGGCGUUACCGGAAUGGUACCUGCGCUCAGGUCCCCGGCCGGGGCACGGGGGAGGGCUUUUGCCUGGUUCCGCGCUCCCCCCGAAGGCUGCGGGCUUGGGGUGGCUGUGGGCCCGCGCAUAGCUCGUGCGUGGUGGGGAGCGCGUGCCGCGCAUUCUCCCUCCCGCGUUCGCUACGGCUGUCAGGCCCAAUUUGGAAUGUUUGCAGUCAACAUCUGAUUAGCCAUUGCUUAUCUACCUCUUAGGAAUAAGACAAACUGCACUCUCAGCUUUGGCAACAAGAUUGAACUUGAUGUAUUAUGAGCCCACAUUGACAGUUGUGUUAAUCUUCAGAGGAGUUGUGCCUGAGCUUUUCUGUUACUGUUGUCCUUGGUCUGGGUGAGAGUUGAAGGCCCUGGCUGCCUGGUGCAGAAAUGAAGACGGUGCUCAUGGUGGCAGAGAAGCCCUCUCUGGCACAGUCCAUUGCUAGAAUCCUCUCUCGAGGGAACAUGUCCUCUCACAAAGGGCUGAAUGGGGCAUGCUCAGUCCAUGAAUAUGCAGGGACCUUCGCUGGCCAGCCUGUCUCCUUCAAGAUGACAUCUGUCUGUGGUCAUGUGAUGACCCUGGAUUUCCUGGGAAAAUACAACAAAUGGGACAAAGUGGACCCUGCAGAGCUAUUCAGCCAAGCUCCAACGGAGAAAAAGGAAGCUAACCCCAAGCUGAGCAUGACCAAGUUCCUACAGGUGGAGGGCAGAGGCUGUGACUACAUUGUGCUGUGGCUGGACUGUGAUAAAGAAGGGGAAAACAUCUGCUUUGAGGUCCUUGAUGCUGUUUUGCCUGUCAUGAACAAGGCCCAUGGUGGUGAGAAGACAGUGUUCCGUGCCAGGUUCAGCUCCAUCACUGACACAGACAUCUGUAAUGCCAUGGCCCACUUGGGCGAGCCAGAUCACAAUGAGGCGCUGUCAGUGGAUGCCCGCCAGGAGCUUGAUCUGCGUAUUGGCUGUGCAUUCACCAGGUUUCAAACGAAGUAUUUUCAGGGGAAAUACGGUGAUUUAGACAGCUCUCUCAUCUCCUUUGGGCCAUGUCAGACUCCUACCCUGGGAUUCUGUGUGGAGAGACAUGACAAAAUCCAGUCCUUCAAACCAGAGACCUACUGGGUGCUACAGGCUAAGGUUCACACUGGUAAAGAGGGGUCUCUCCUCUUAGACUGGGACCGCGUGAGAGUGUUCGACCGGGAGAUCGCACAGAUGUUUUUAAACGUGACAAAGCUGGAGAAGGAGGCCCAGGUGGAAGCCACAAGCAGGAAAGAAAAGGCCAAGCAAAGGCCACUGGCUCUGAACACUGUGGAGAUGCUGCGUGUGGCCAGCUCAGCUCUGGGCAUGGGACCACAGCACGCCAUGCAAACAGCCGAGCGAUUGUACACACAGGGCUACAUCAGCUACCCACGGACAGAGACCACCCACUACCCUGAAAACUUUGACCUGAAAGGUUCUCUACGACAGCAGGCCAACCACCCCUAUUGGGCAGACACGGUGAAGCGGUUAUUAGCAGAAGGCAUCAACCGCCCACGGAAAGGCCAUGAUGCUGGUGACCACCCUCCUAUCACGCCGAUGAGGUCUGCCACAGAGGCUGAAUUAGGGGGUGACGCAUGGCGGCUCUAUGAGUACAUCACCAGGCACUUCAUUGCUACACUGAGUCAUGACUGCAAGUACCUCCAGAGCACCAUCUCCUUUAGGAUUGGCCCUGAGCUCUUUACCUGCUCCGGGAAGACUGUCAUCUCCUCAGGUUUCACAGAGAUCAUGCCCUGGCAGAGUAUACCCUUAGAAGAGAGCCUGCCCACCUGCCAGCAGGGUGACAUCUUCAAUGUGGGCGAGGUAAAGAUGCUGGAGAAACAGACAAGCCCACCUGACUAUCUGACGGAGGCCGAGCUCAUCACACUCAUGGAAAAGCAUGGCAUUGGGACGGAUGCCAGUAUUCCUGUGCACAUCAACAAUAUCUGUCAGCGCAACUAUGUUACUGUGGAGAAUGGCCGCAGGCUCAAGCCCACCAACCUUGGCAUUGUGCUGGUGCAUGGCUACUACAAGAUUGAUGCAGAGCUGGUGCUCCCCACCAUCCGCAGCGCAGUAGAGAAGCAGCUGAGCCUGAUUGCCCAGGGUAAGGCCGACUACCGCCAGGUUCUGGCACACACCCUGGACAUCUUCAAGAGGAAGUUCCACUACUUCGUUGACUCCAUUGCUGGCAUGGACGAGUUGAUGGAGGUGUCCUUUUCACCACUGGCUGCCACAGGCAAGCCCCUUUCACGCUGUGGGAAGUGUCACCGGUUCAUGAAGUAUAUCCAGGCCAAGCCAAGCCGCCUUCACUGCUCCCACUGCGAUGAGACCUACACCCUCCCCCAGAAUGGCACCAUCAAGCUGUACAAGGAGCUGCGCUGCCCUCUGGAUGACUUUGAACUGGUUCUGUGGUCUUCAGGCUCCAGGGGCAAGAGCUACCCACUAUGUCCCUAUUGCUACAACCACCCCCCAUUCCGAGACAUGAAGAAAGGUAUGGGCUGCAAUGAGUGCACACACCCCACCUGCCAACACUCUUUGAGCAUGCUAGGCAUUGGCCAGUGUGUAGAGUGUGAGAACGGGGUCCUGGUGCUGGAUCCCACCUCUGGCCCCAAGUGGAAGGUGGCCUGCAACAAGUGCAACGUGGUGGCACACUGCUUUGAGAAUGCCCACCGUGUGCGGGUGUCUGCGGAAACCUGUAGUACCUGUGAGGCUGCCCUGCUUGAUGUGGACUUCAAUAAGGCCAAGUCCCCUCUCCUUGGUGAUGAGACCCAACACACAGGUUGUGUCUUCUGCGACCCUGUUUUCCAGGAGCUAGUGGAGUUGAAGCAUGCAGCCUCCUGUCACCCCAUGCACAGAGGUGGGCCUGGGAGGAGGCAGGGCCGUGGGCGGGCCCGGGGCCGGAGGCCCCCAGGGAAGCCUAAUCCCAGGCGGCCAAAGGACAAGAUGUCAGCAUUGGCUGCCUAUUUUGUAUGACACCCAGUCUUCCCUCACCCUGGCUUCAGUUUGAUGCAGACACAUCAUAGUAGCUGUUUUUGAAACAAUGAACCAUUAAAAUGCUUU